CGGGACUGUAAAGGUUUUGUAACACAUGCCGUGUUCUCUGUAUUGUAUUGUGCGAUGCAGUAUACCCACAAUGCAAUGCGCGCAGGAGCCAGCAUUGUGUCGCUGUCCGUGGUGCUGAUGUGAAUGCUUUAGCUGCGAGUCGUCGUGUACUGAUGCUCCUGGAAGAGGUUGCGCCAGAGCCACAUCGCAUCUACCCUCCUUGACAAGGGAGAAGCGGAAAGCACAGCCAACAGAACGGGAGAAGGGAGGGGUGCCGGGGUGACUGUUUUUGUUGUUUGUUUGUUUUUGUUUUUUUGGAGGGAGAAGGGGGGGGGGUCUCGCAUCCUUUAUGCACAGUACAUUGUUCCAGCUCAUUCAGAGAAAACAGGCAUUUGAAUUUAAAAAGCAUGGCCAGCCGCUGCCAGUGAAAGACAUGGAAGCGAAACAGCACACCAUAAAGAGCCUGAAAAGCUACCCAGAGGCUGGGGGCAGGAGCCUGGCCGCGGCCGCGGGUGGGGACGGCUUCCGUGCCAAAGCAGAGGUGGAAAUGGAGUCCAAAAUCCAAAAAGCGGUAGAGUUUAAGGUGGAGGGCAACCGCUGCUACAAGGAAAAGAAAUUCCGGGAGGCGAUUGGGAAGUACCACCGGGCUCUGCUGCAGCUCAAAGGGGUGCACGCCGGGGAAGGGACGACGGGGUCCGACGUGAAUCUGCUCAGCAAAGCCAACAGCAAGCUGACCGAGGAUCAGCAGAGGCUCAUUGAAAGCACGGAGAUGGAGUGUUACGACAGCUUGACUGCAUGCUUACUGCAGUCGGAGCUGGUGAACUACGAGCGUGUGAAGGAGUACUGUCUGAAGCUCCUGGGAAAACAGAAGGAUAACUUCAAAGCCAUGUACCGAGCAGGCAUUGCCUUCUACCACCUGGGAGACUACGACAACGCCCUGCUCUACCUGAAAGAAGCAAAGAGACGAGAGCCCACGGAUACGAACGUGUUGCGAUACAUCCAGUUGACAGAGAUGAAGAUGAACAAGUGCAACCCGAGGGAGAGAGAGUGCAGUAAAGAAGCACUGGGCUAGCUGCCAGACCCAUUACCCAUGACUUCCAGACUGUUUUGCUGUUUUUGCGAGGACUCUGGCACAUGACCUUAUGUUGCUACAGCCAUGGGGGGAAAGUCAGGACCCUCUUCUUGGCAGAUCAGCGAAACCUUCACAACAGGAGCCAAAAAAAACCAAAACUAAAUAAAGGAACACCGCAUCCCAUUAUACAAA